CAUUUUUAUUGAUUACACUCUCCGCAGUCGUAUUUAUCCGGGGUUCUUCUUCUUCUUCUCAGCAUCGACAUCAGAUAAUUGGCAUAAUUAAAGAGAUUGGUAUUUAUUUGCAAUGGAAUGGAAGGAUGAUGAGAGAUGCUAGACCAGGAAUACAGAUUGUUUGGUACUAUGUGGUCUGGUGAUAUGGUUUUUAAAAACUUCAGUGCCCGAUUGAAAUAUCAGAAUCGUCACUGUACUGAAGCUCUCUGGGAUGAGAUUAUCAGGUCUGAUAAUAAAGAGAUGUAUAUGGAGGAGUUACGCAGGCAGAGACAGCGGAGACUCGGCCGCAGAUAUCUCAGAGAGACUGCCUUGAGGUUAGGUGUGAUUAAGCCACUGGUGAUCAAGCCUGACUCUAGACAAGCCAUAGGGAACAUAAAAGCAAAAUCUCAAGCAUUGGCAACGCAGAGGGAAAAUUACAAAAAGAGAAAAUCUCAAGGAGCUGUAGAUUGUGCUGCCACGACAUUGGUAACGCUAAGGCACAAAUACCAGCAUACACGGUUGUUCAAUGUGUCAAUCCAUCCCUGCAUAGUAAGAGGACGGCGUGGAAAAAAUGUGACUGGUACUCUCGAAGCCCAUUUAAACGGUUUCCAGUAUUCAAACAGUUGUAUUCCCUUUAAGAUUAAUAUUAUGUAUAGUGAUAUAAGGUAUGCCUUCACUCAAGAUGGAGAUGAGCAGAGUGCCCCGUUCUGCCACUUGCACUUGCACAAACCGAUCUUGGUGGGGACUGAAAUGACACAGAAUAUCCAGUUCCGUAUGGUGCUGAACUUAGGGGGAAGGAAGAAGAGACCUGCUCAUGGUUCGGCUAACUUUGAAAAAGAGCUGCAAAAGAUUAGAGAUGAUAAUAAUAGGGUUAUGCGGGAGUUUAGACUCAAAGUUGAUGGUAUUUUGGAUCCAUUGCCAUUUAGGCUUACCUGUGAUUAUGUGGAUACGGAAAGAGGAUUCUGUGGCGAGCUUCACUUGAAGGAGCACCCUCCAUUUUCAACCAUUUUUGUCUUCUCGUACUUUACCCUGGUGCAACUCAAUCACACACCUUUCACUGUUGUCACACUGAAAGAGAUCGAGAUUGUCAAUCUGGUGGAAGUUGGGUCUGACAUGGAGAUGUUUAAUAUGACAAUCGUGUUCAAGAACUUCGAGCUCGAUGUGCUUCAGAUCAAAUCAAUUCCUUCAGCAAAGCGCAUUAGCAUCAAAGGGUCACUUCACCUUGCUGAUGUCAAAUACUACGAAAAUAAGCAGGAUAUUCCAGAUUGGGGGUCAAAACUGGAGGAAAUAAGAGCUGACCCAAAGGAGUUCAUAAAGAAUGGUGGAUGGAACUUCCUCGAUCUGGAGACUGCUAAGAACUCUGAUAGCUCAGGAGAUGAGUAUAGUAUUGGUUCUUACUCCUCAGAAUCUGACUCUUCAGUGGAGAGUCUUGGUAAUCGCAACAGCCUUGUCUCCGACUUCCCCUGCAGAUUUGGUAAAUACUCCUACAAAGCACCUGGUCAAGCAUCUGAUUCAGACCCAAGAAAAGAAGAAAAGAAACAGACUACAUUGAUUCAGAAAACAUGGACUAUGGCAGAAAGAAAACAGGUAAUGGUAUCAUCGGAUGAAUGUGACUCGGACCCAGAAGUGAAAGGAAAAAAGGCCACAGCACAGACGAAGCCGAGUACGGUAAGAAGACGGAGAAAGUUGGUAAUGACCGAAGAAUCUGGUGAGGAAGAAUAGAGUGGAGCAUAAAAAAGGUUAGGGGUUACAUUUGUUUUCAAGUUACUUGUAGUAGUAAAAUGACAGAUGCUGGCAUAUCGUAUCGAUUAAUUAGUACUUGCUUCUAUGUAUGGAUCCCUCCAAUAGAGAAUCCUUUUUUGUAACUUUACAAAACCUUUCGCAUCUUUGUCGUGUUUUAAGCAGUGGGGUGAAGUAAAUAACCUCAAGGUGAAUGCAACAAGAAAUCAAGCUGGUUAUUGUGUGCAAGUCGGGUGUUUUUCAUGAUUCAGUAUAGAGUACAGAUAAACAGACUAAAAUAAUUGGUUCAGAAUGAGCAUAGUACUACUCCAUGAAUUAUACUCACUCUGUCCCAUAUUAGUUGAGUCAUUUGUAGUUUGCACAAUUAUUAAGGCAA